AUGACAUUUUUGCUCCCAAAUCCCGACCUGAUUACUUCUACACCCCUCGUCUUCAAGCUCUGCUCCUUUCCUCCGCCAUGGAGGCUUUUCUCUCUCAGGCCCUCUUCCUUCUCCCGAAUCUCAUCAUCUCUUCCACUAGUCGCCGUUUCCUCUCUCUCCGCAACUGCCGCAAAACCUACCAGAUGGAGAGAGAAGCAGGAGUUAGCGGAGAACGAUUCAAUUUCCCUCCUCAACGAGAGGAUUCGGCGCGACCUCGGCAAGAGAGAGACCGCUAGGCCGGCCAUGGGCUCUGAGGAGGCCGAUAAGUACAUUCAGAUGGUGAAGGAGCAGCAAGAGAGGGGUCUGCAGAAGCUCAAAGGAGUUAGGCAAGGGACGUCGGCUGGUUCCGGCGGUGGUUUUAGCUACAAGGUUGACCCUUACAGUCUCCUUUCCGGUGAUUAUGUGGUGCACAAGAAAGUUGGGAUUGGCCGUUUUGUUGGGAUAAAGUUUGAUGUCCCCAAGGAUUCUUCAGAGCCCCUCGAAUAUGUCUUUAUCGAGUAUGCAGACGGCAUGGCCAAGCUUCCCCUCAAGCAGGCCUCGCGUCUCCUCUACCGAUACAAUCUUCCAAAUGAGACCAAACGGCCUCGGACUUUGAGCCGGCUGAGUGACACCAGUGUUUGGGAAAGAAGAAAGACCAAAGGAAAAGUCGCAAUUCAGAAAAUGGUCGUUGACUUGAUGGAGUUAUAUCUUCAUAGGCUUAGACAGAAGAGAUAUCCCUAUCCAAAGAGCCCCAUCAUGGUUGAUUUUGCGGCUCAGUUUCCUUAUAACGCUACACCCGACCAGAAGCAGGCUUUCCUUGAUGUUGAGAAGGAUUUGACAGAGAGAGAAACACCAAUGGAUCGGUUGAUAUGUGGAGACGUUGGGUUUGGUAAAACAGAGGUUGCUCUACGGGCCAUCUUUUGUGUGGUCUCAGCUGGAAAACAAGCUAUGGUAUUAGCACCGACAAUUGUAUUGGCGAAGCAACAUUACGAUGUAAUCUCAGAGCGCUUUUCCUUCUCAAUACACAACACUAGAAUGUAUUUUGGUGGCUAUGGGUUACAUAUAAACCCUCUGCUAUCUGCUGAGUGCAAGUUGUUCAUGAUUUUACCUGGAAUUGACCACAGACACACUUUCAACACCAUGCAGACAAAAGCAGAGAAGGAGGAGUAUUUGGAAAUGAUAAAAAAAGGACAUCUCAAUAUCAUUGUAGGUACUCACUCACUCCUCGGAAGCCGUGUUGUGUACAGUAAUCUAGGCCUUCUUGUGGUCGAUGAGGAACAGAGGUUUGGGGUCAAGCAGAAAGAAAAGAUUGCAUCUUUCAAAACAUCAGUGGAUGUGCUUACCCUAUCCGCAACACCAAUACCAAGGACACUAUACUUAGCUCUGACUGGAUUCCGGGAUGCCAGUCUGAUCUCCACACCACCUCCGGAGAGGAUUCCAAUAAAAACCCAUCUUUCGUCAUUCCGUAAGGAAAAGGUGAUCGAAGCAAUAAAAAAUGAGCUGGCUCGUGGUGGCCAAGUUUUCUAUGUCUUGCCUCGGAUUAAGGGACUAGAGGAAGUGAUGGAUUUUCUUGAAGAAGCAUUUCCAGAUAUUGACAUUGCUAUGGCACAUGGAAAGCAAUACUCGAAACAACUGGAGGAAACCAUGGAGAGAUUUGCGCAAGGAAAGAUAAAAAUCCUCAUAUGCACCAAUAUUGUUGAAAGCGGACUUGACAUUCAAAAUGCGAAUACCAUAAUCAUUCAGGAUGUUCAACAGUUUGGGCUCGCUCAGUUGUACCAGUUGCGUGGAAGGGUUGGCCGGGCUGAUAAGGAAGCUCAUGCCUACCUGUUUUAUCCUGAUAAAUCGCUGCUCUCUGAUCAAGCACUGGAAAGGCUUAGUGCUCUUGAAGAGUGCUGUGAGCUUGGACAAGGCUUCCAACUUGCGGAGCGGGAUAUGGGUAUAAGAGGUUUUGGGACAAUCUUUGGUGAACAACAGACAGGGGAUGUUGGAAACGUCGGCAUUGAUCUCUUUUUUGAAAUGCUUUUUGAGAGCCUGUCCAAGGUUGAGGAACUCCGUAUAUUUUCGGUUCCAUACAACCUGGUGAAGAUUGACAUACAUAUAAACCCUCGUCUUCCGUCGGAGUAUGUAAAUUACCUGGAAAAUCCGAUGGAGAUCAUCAAUGAAGCUGAAAAAGCUGCUGAGACAGAUAUGUGGAGUCUAAUGCAUUUCACAGAGAACCUGCGUCGCCAAUAUGGGAAAGAACCUUACUCCAUGGAGAUUAUUUUAAAGAAGCUGUAUGUGAGACGCAUGGCGGCUGAUCUUGGAGUAAACAGAAUUUAUGCAUCAGGAAAGAUGGUUGUCAUGAAAACAAAUAUGAGUAAGAAGGUGUUCAAUCUGAUAACAGAUUCCAUGACUUGCGACGUUUACCGAAGCUCUUUGAGAUACGAAGGAGAUCAAAUAAUGGCGGAACUUCUGUUGGAGCUACCAAGAGAACAGUUACUGAACUGGAUGUUCCAGUGUUUGUCAGAACUUCAUGCAUCACUUCCUGCUCUUAUCAAAUAUUGA